AUAUUUGUCUUCUCAAGCUCAAGUAGAGGCAGAAAGUUCGACGUACCGGACUCCCCGUCCGCGUGGUCGAAAAGCUGAAUCCGUGUUGGAAACAUUGUUGGCGACUUUGCCGAGUUCUCGUUACCUUCCCCGCUCGUUUUCCCUUCCUCCUCUAACCUCUUGGUUUAUCUACUUUUCCUACCCGUCUUUGUCUUGAUCUUUUUCCUGUUUCAAUUCAUAGAUUUAUGGGCAUCUUUCUCUAAUUUUUUCAAAUCAAGAUCGUUCACUGCUACCCAAAGAUCGUAGAUUUUGAAGAUUCUUACUGUGUUUGGCUUGGAUUUUGGGACUGUUUACUCAACAUGGAGAUUAAAUUGAGAGAAAACCGUCUACUUUUUGUCAUUUCAGCUAAAUUUCAGUAUCCUUUCUUCGGAUGGUGCGAUCUGGUUAGCUGGAUUACUGAUACUCAAUUUUGAAAUUGGUUCGAUCAGAUUGCAGUGAGAAAAAAUUUCGUGUAUUUGGUAUUUUGGCUAUAAGAAAUAAUCGCUUUUGGAUAGCAAAGAGUUGUAUAAUAAGGCUUAGGUUUGUCUCGUCAUUAGCCGGAAAAUCUGCAAGCAUGGUUAGUAACUCAAGCAAGACCCAUUUCACGGCUGAUAUGAACGCCUAUGAGGUGGCGCGCGAGCUGGAGGUGGCGUGCGAGCUGGAGGUGGACAUAGAGCUCGGUGAUUCCACCGGGGUCGAGGAACCUCAGCUCGUUUGUUCUGACUCAAUCAAAGAGAUUGUCAAAUGUCUAAAUGAAAUGCACCUAGAAGUAGCCAAUUGCAACCUCAAGUGUAAGGAAGAUAUAUGGAACAAUCAGGAAUUUUUCUCAUUCCUGAAGGAUUACUUUCAUUGUAGUCUCAUGGCAGUGGACUUCUGCACUGCCCUUGAGAACUGCCUGAAGCGCACACGUGAUAACCAGUCGAUAGUUCAGUCUGCGAAGACAUUGCAAGAGUUGAGGAAAUUCAAGGAUGCCGAGGACCCAUUUACCAACGAGUUUUCUCAACUUUUGCGAUCAGUUUCUGAGCAGCAUGAAUUGAUGUUGGACAAAUUGAAGCCUUGGAAAACAAAGCUAGACAAGAAAUUGGAUCCUGUGAAGACAUGGAGGAUAGUGUCCAAUGUCAUUUUUGUUUUUGCAUUUGUGUCUGUGUUAGUUCUCACGGUGGUGGCAGCUGCCAUUAAAGCUCCAGCCUGGGCAACAGCAUUGACUGGUGCAUUGUCUGUUCCAAUGGGCUCUGUGGGAACAUGGUGCAACUCACUUUGGGGGCGGUAUCAGAGUGCACUGAAAGGAAAAAGGGGGGUAAUCAGCUCAAUGCGAGAUGGCACUCUUACUGCAAAGAAGGACUUGGGUAACAUUGAGGCACUUAUUCGCAGACUGCAGAUUGAGACCGAUUCAAUGCUGGAGAAAGCUGAUUUCGCUCUUGGAGAAGAGGAGGCAGUGAAGCUUGUUCUAGAUGAGAUCCAGAAGAAGUUCGGAAUGUUUAUGAAAACUGCUCAGAAUCUAAGUGCUAAUGCUGAUAAGUGUAGCGGCACUAGUGUGAGUUGGAGGAAGUUGGUUUUACAAUCAAUGUUCAGACGUGUGUGUGACUGAGAAAACCUUUGGCAAGUGGUCUGAGAUAACUCUUCAUGAUGGUGUUUAUCUGUGUGAGUUUGCCCCUUUGGACGAUCAAGUUUGGUAGAUCCUUCUUAGUUUUAUGCUUCAGAGUUUCUGAAAGAAAUCUGAAAAACAUGAUUGAUUAUUCAGCUCUGAAUUUGACUGCUGCACCUUCAGUUAGAAGGGGUGAUACACUGAAAUGUCAGUACUAUUAUAACUAGGAAGAAAACCUAUAGAUAAUGACACCUAUAAAUUGGAGUGACAAUCUUUGACAUUUGAAGGGAUACCACAAAAUUUACAUUGCAGCAAGACUAAUGCGCGCGUUUGGUGAUUUUCUGGAUAGGGUAAAGCAGAACUGCAGAAGCAAUCAGUCUGAAUGCCAUAACAGUUUUCUUUGUUACCCUGCGAUGAUUACUUCCAUUCUUUUCCCUGCAAUUUCUUUUGGGCUCCAGUAUUGCGACCAUCUCCCAUGGGCAGCUUAGGUGCUUAGCAAGGUAAUCUAAUUUCCUCUGUUUUCAGCAUCCAUUUGUGAUAAAUGAUGACAUACCACCACCCGCUCCGCUA